UGAUCUUAUGGUGUGCUUUAUCAUUACAGAGUUGCCAUGCAAGAACACCAUGAUAAGAAAGAUAACCUCCAACCUGCUGUGUUGAUGUUAGCAUCCAAUGCUGAUGCGAAUCCAACCAUGCAGUGUCUUGCAUCUAAACUUGCUGAUAUCUAUUCCCAUAAUUGCUCACAACCUAAAUUUGUGGUGCCUGAAAAUGAGUUUAAACACUUGUCACCAGAAUCUGCAAAAGUGUUGCUUGACAACAAAAUAUUAUCAAAAUUUCAAGCAGGAUCAUGUGCAAGUGUGGUCCGGCAUUUUGAAUUAAUACCCCCAGCUGCCACAAAAGUUUUCUACCAAUUCUGUGAAAAUGAUAAUGCCCCAUACAAAAACACGGCAGUCAUUCUAACACUACAGGUAGAACCAGGUGAUUGGAGUAAGCCAUACCCAAACCUUGACAAUUUACUUCCAAAAUUUUGGGACCGAGUCGUUGACGAUUUCCUAACCCAUACUUUGGCCACUGGUGACCCAUUCGUCAUGACAACUGAUAUGAUUGGUGCAUUAUUAUCGCGUAUUACACCUUCUGUUGUUUGGGUGGGACGGGAAAAUGACUUAAACUGUUGAGAUUUAAGAUUUACCCCAAAACUGAUUGCCUGAUUCUUCAAAAGUAGUUUUGCACUUGAAGCAGUUUAAAUGUUUUUCUAUAAAGUUGGUCGUUUCUAUAAAGUUCGUUUUUUUAACAUGUGAUUUAUAAGUUUGUCUUUUCCUUGCACUUACAAGACAUAGGCUGCUGUUUAAAUGCUUAGUUGUAUGUAGUCGUUACCUAGCUUAAUCCAUGUGCUGCUAACAAUUUCUGUAUACAUGUGUGUUGCAAUAAAAUUAACCAUAAAAAAUCAAA